UUGAUCUUUCCUCCAAUGAUAUUAACUCUGCCAUGCCUCUUUGGUUGUUCAAGUUGAGUGGCCUUGAGUAUCUUAAUCUUCAAUAUAAUAAUUUUCAAGACCUUAUCCCUUCUGAUAUUGGGAAACUUACUUCUCUUAGGGUCCUUGAUCUCUAGGGAACUAAAUAUUUCUCUGGUGAUCUAAAUAGAUUGGGAGAAAUAUUUUCCGGGAGUUUAGAGGAGUUGUAUUGGAGUGAUGCAUCACUCAGUGGGCCAUUGCCAAGUUGGUUGGGGAACCUUAAGUCUCUUAAGGCUCUUGACCUUUCCCUACAACUCAGUUUAUGGCUCAUUUCUUCAGCUCCGAUUACCAUCUUUGCAGGCCUUGUAUCUUUCUUCCACUAAUUUCAAUGGAACUAUUCCAUACUAUCUGGGACAAUUAUUUCCAGAGCUGGACAUGUUGGACCUUUCUUAUAAUAAUAUAGCAGUGAGACCUGAUUGGGUUCCUCCACCUAAACUAAAAUAUUUGCAUAUGAACGAUUGCAAAGUGGGCCCAAGAUUUCCAUCAUGGCUUCAGAAUUUGAAAAAUUUGUCUUCACUUGGAAUGUCAAAUGCAAGUAUUGGUGAUGUGCUACCACUAUGGUUUUGGAACUUCUCUUUGGAUAUUGUAGACAUAGAUUUAUCACACAACGAAAUCAAAGGCAAGCUACCAGCAUGUUCAUUAAAAUUAACCAAUCUUAAAAGUUUGGAUUUAAGUCAUAAUUAUUUGGAAGGACAGUUGCCACAAUUUUCAUCAUAUUUAGUAGAUUUGGAUCCGGCGCAUGGCUCAUUCUCAAGGUCCACUUUCUCUAAUACAAGCAUUAUAGUGCCAAAUUUGUGGGAGUUGUAUAUUUCUUCAAACAAAAUAACAGGAAGUAUCCCUAGCUCAUUAUGUGAACUAAAUUAUUUGCAAGUCCUUGACCUCUCAAAGAAUAUGAUUGAAGGAGUAAUUCCUAAUUGCUGGAAUUCUUUAAUAAUAAUGGAUUUGUCUUAUAACAAUCUACAUGGAAUAAUUCCCGCAUCUAUCUGCUCCACAUUUUUGUGGGUUUUGCAUUUGAGCAAUAAUGAAUUUUUUGGAGAGUUCCCAUUAUCGUUUCAAAAUUGUACAUCAUUGAGAAGUUUAGAUCUUGAACAUAAUAAAAUUAGUGGAAGCAUACCAGCAUGGCUUGGAGAAAAUUUGCGGAGGCUAGAGAUACUUGAGCUUCGAUUUAAUAUGCUCACUGGAACUAUUCCUCCACAAUUGGAAAACCUCACAUAUCUUCAUCUUAUUGAUGUUUCAAAUAACCAUCUAUCAGGUGCCAUACCACAUAGUUUUGGCAACUUCACUGCCAUGAAAACUAAUAAUCUUGGAAGAGUUUGGUCAGGCAUAGAGUAUUAUGUGAACAAUAUUGAGAUAAAUAUGAAAGGAAGAGAAUUUCAGUUGGAAGGGAGAAUACCAUCAUUAUUUAUUUGCAUUGACCUCUCAAAUAAUAUGUUAUCAGGAGAGAUACCAGAAGAACUAGCGCACCUUUCAUUUCUGCAGAGCUUGAAUUUAUCCAGAAAUCAAUUAUUAGGACAACUUUCUGAAAAAAUGGGAGAGCUCAGGUGGUUGGAAGUUCUUGAUUUAUCAGUGAAUAAUCUUUCAGGUGUUAUUCCUCCAACAAUGAUCAACUUAACAUCAUUGAAUCAUCUGAAUUUAUCGUACAACAAUUUCUAUGGUGAAAUUCCAUACGGUGGUCAAUUCCAAGUACUUCUAGAUCCAUCUAUUUAUUUUGGCAACCAAGGCCUAUGUGGUGUUCCAUUAAAUACAAAGUGUGAGAUUGAAGCACCAGCGCAACCACCAGGGUUGCCAAACAAUGAAGAUGACAACAACUUGGAGGCCAUAUGGUUUUAUUUGAGCAUGUCUCUGGGAUUCAUAUUUGGGUUUUGGGCAAUUUUUGGUGCAUUGAUUCUGAAAAAAAAAGUGGAGGUAUGCUUAUUUUCGAUUUGUUGAUCAUAUUUAUGAUAAGAUUUAUGUUAUUGUUGCUGUAAAUGUAAAAAAAAUGAAGAGAAAAUGUUGCCUUGCUAGUGAAUAGUGUUACCUUUUCUUCUUGAAGGCCAAAAUAAAAGAUUACAAUCCAUAUAAAUAUAACAAGAUCAGGUAAUUAGUGGUAUAACGUUACCUAGAGUCUAACAUUUUACUGCCUACUUGUAUUAAUUAUAUGCAUAAACUGUCAUGAGAACUCUUUUGAGAAUGUAAUUUUAAUUUGUUAUGAAAUGUUAUCCAGUGUAUUUAUUUUAUCUCUUAUGUUAAUGUUAGUACUAAUAGAGCAUAUUAUAUAUAAGUCGAACACAUCAAUGUGCUUGAUCUUCCUGUGUUAGUGAAAGUUUUCAGUGAGUAUAUAUAUACUUGACAAAGCUUCUCAAAAGACAAAGCUUCAGCAGAAGUAAUCCUGGUUCUUCAAUUCUUCAACUAGUUUCUAUGUUUUCUGCAAGCUCGCCUUAAUUUCUCUUGAACUCCUCAUCAUCAAAAAUACUUGAGAUAUGCCCCAUGUGGUUCUAUAAAUUACCUAUUACAAGACAAUGGCAAUUUGAGGGAGCAAGCAAUUUUCUGCAAUAUAUAUGAUCUGCAUGCCAACAAUAUAUACAGUAAAAAGGUAUGGGUCUAUCUUCUGUUUAAUUAAUUCUUGUUAUUAAUGUUAUUGAUUACUCUGCCAUCUAAUUAAUUAUAGUGUUCCUUUACAUGGCCAAGUUAAUUAUAAUAAUUCUUCUUUCUCAUGCAUUGGCAUACAACCAUACAUAAACCAUGAUUUUACAAGGGAGAUACAUCUAUAUAUCUAUUGUUCUGGCUCUUAAUUAAUAUACUUCAAAGCAUGCACAUAGAGCUUGCCUCCAUUGUUGUUGUGGUAUUCUCAUACUCCUCCUGGGAGUGAAGCACUAAUUUUCCAAGUGUUAUAAGAGGUUUGUUAAUUAGGAUAAUUUUUGUUAUCUGUGCUUUAAAUAUUUACUAGGAUUUUUUUUUUUUUUGACGAGAUGAUUAAUUGAUGGUUAACAAGCAAGAUUUAUGCAUUUUGAUUUCGUCAUUUUUUUUUAAGGAAAUCAACCCACUGAGCUCUGAUUUAACGCCAACGGUGAGCUCCUCAUGUUGGCUAAAUUGUAAAUAAUUUUUAAGAGCAAAGUUCUAACUUCUUAUAAUUAUCAUUGAUAAUGAGCGUAUUUUUGCAAAAUUACAAAACUCAAUAUCCAAAUCCAUGCUACUUUUGCGAGAACACCCUCAUUUUUAUUAUUAAUUAGUUGGGUUUGUUUCCAUAAAAUUGUAAAACUUUCUGUCCGUUCUACAGAAAUCCCAAUAAUAUUUGAGGAUUUAUAUGAUAAUAAUGUCAGAAAGUCACAAUUAAUUUGGUAAUAUUUGACUUUGACUGACGGUGUAUACACCCAAAUUUGUGGUUUUUUUUGUUUUUUUAUGCGAUGUUGAGAUUGAGUGAGUGAGAGUAAGAAUGGCGAAGUUGAAGGUCUACGCCGAUCGAGUGUUGCAGCUAUCGUGAGCGAUCCUCAUUUUUUGCAAAUUGAAUGGGAUUGAUUUUGAGGAGGUGAGGGUGGAUCUCUCCAAGGGUCAACAUCGAAAUCCUCAAUUCCAAGAAAUAAAUCCAAUGAGGCAAGUUCUUUGAGAGGUAAUCCAUAUUUUCUUCAAUCCAAUGAGAACCCACAUUUUCGCUGAUCGGCGGAGACGUCCGUCUCACGUUCGAUCCCGAUGGGCGGCUGGUGUACGUGCCAGUCUCCUUCCUUCAACCCCAAGCGGAGUCAGAGGAGGAGAUGGAGGUUCCUUGGCCCUUUGACCUCGAGAAGGAAGAUGAUGGGGCGUUGUUGGCAUUCUUUGACCCGAUGUUAGGUGACACGGGGGAGAUGCCGGCCUUGGCGAUGAAUUGUCCUCACUUUGGGCUGGGAGCGG